AUGCGCGAGAUGGCGUUCAUCCUCCGCAGCAUUGAACCAAGGAGCAUGGUCAUCGUCGACGAACUGGGCCGAGGCACCAGUACAACAGACGGUUUAGCCAUCGCCAUCGCCAUCGCAGAAGCCCUCGUCGAAAGCCACGCCCUCAUCUGGUUCGUCACCCACUUCCACGACCUUGCCGUGAUAAUGGCCGAGCGCAGCGGCGUUGUUAGUCUCCAUCUCGCAGCGGAGAUAUCCCCCAACAUGUCCAAGAUGACGAUGUUGUACAAAAUAGCCGAAGGCCCCGAAACAAACCGCUUCUAUGGCCUUGCUCUUGCUAAACUUGUUGAUCUACCACCUGGCGUGCUGGAGUAUGCGCAAACGGUCUCGGAGAAGAUGAACCAAAUUGCGCAACGUCGUCACAGCAAGUCUAGAGCUCUGGCUGUCUCGCGGAAACGGAACCUUAUUCUCUCGCUCAGGGAGCAGCUCUUGCAGGCCCGAGAUGGGAAAAUGGAGGGCGAGACGCUUCGCAAAUGGCUGAAGCGACUUCAGGAUGAGUUUGCCUUGCGGAUGGCUGCGAUUGACGGGGACGAAUCUGUGUCUUGUGGUUCUGAGGAUGGAGAAGAACAAGAGAGGUCCUGUUCGGGUCUGGUUGAAGCGACAGGACCUGAUACUGUGGAUGACCUGCCAGAUCGCGAAGACAGUUCUGCAUCCCUUCUCAUCUCGUCAGUUGAGGAAAGGUCCGUUAUAGAGAUCUCUUCAGAUGACGUUUCUGAGAAUGGCAGUUUGCUGAACGAGUAA